GGAUUGAACCCAGGUUUCUUGUGUCUCCUGCAUUGACAGGCAGAUUCUUUACUGCUUAGCCACCAGGGAAACCCCAAGUUAAAAACAAACAGAGACAAAUUCUGACGAUACUCAAACUAUCCUUAAACACACCUUAAAUAAACCUGCAGUGUUUCAAAGAUUAUAAGCCUGGAGUCAGUUUUCCGGCUAUGGAAGGCAGAAAAAAGAAAAGUUUUAACCUGUUUUCCUUCUUCAAAAUCUAUUGAGAGCAUCAGUGGUACAAGUAUUGGCAACAACCAGAACACGCCACCAGUAGCUCUGACCACUACCAAAUGUGAGCCAGAGAAUAGCCUGAGAGAUGAAGCUACAUAGAAAAAAAAAGGGGGAGUGGGGCUUCCCUUGUAGCUCAGAUGGUAAAGAAUCUGCCUGCAAAUGCAGGACAGCCUGGUUCAAUCCCUGGGUCAGGAAGUAAAAGCAGGUGUUGCAGUGAGGGCAGUUUAUCUCCUCAUCCCUGAAGUAGAAUGAGGACAUCUGAGCUCUAAGAUUAUACAGAGUUAGGAGACAUCUGUGUAGAAAGCUAAUUCAUUCUCAUAACAUGGCAGUGAACAUGAUGCUAAUGGAGAAAACAUGGUAGUCAUUUUUAUUGUCUGUAACUGAACUUCUAUGCAAAGGAGAGUCCUGGAUGUCAAGAGGGGUGAAGAGAGGAGAGGAAGCAGCAAUCACCAGAUCAAUGAGCUACACCCCUCUAGUGGUGGAGAUGGUUUAGUCGUUAAGUUGUGUCUGACUCUUGUGACCCCAUGGAUUGUAGUCCACCAGGCUCCCCUGCCCAUGGGAUUUCCCAGGCAGAAAUACUGGAGUGGGUUGCCAUUUCCUCCUCCAGGAGAUCUUCCCAACCCAGGGAUUGAGCCUAGCUCUCCUUGCAUUGCAGGCAUAUACUUUUUUGGCUGAGCCACCAGGGAUGCCCAGCUAGCACUGCUUAAAUGCUGAUAAUUGGAGGAGUGAGGAUGGGGCUGGGCUUGUGUCAAAAUGAAAUAGCCAACUUAGUAAGAGGUUACUCAGGACAAAAGAAAUCAAAGUUGGUGCCCCUUCUCCUUUUUGUUGCAUUAUAUGUUCAUGUGACAGUAUGUAUCACACAAGCUGUCAUGGUUUGAACAUAACUCCUAAGUGGGGAGAUAAAAUCCAUGGCCUUAAAAAUGGAAACUACAAGAGAAGAGAAAGAUACUUAAAGAACACACAAUAUGGGACAAUUACUUGUAGGGGGAAAACAAGAUAUUAGACAAAAAUUCUUCAAGUUCAAAGAAAUUGCAAAGAAAUGUGACCUCUCUUUUAAAAAGGAGUGACAAGAUAAAGAUAUUAUAAAACAUAAAAUUAUUGAAACCCAACUAGAGAUUAUGGUUAUGAUACAGGCUUGAAAGAAUCACUUAAAGGAAAGAGAAAGUAAUAAAGAUAAAAUUGACUAUAUGUGAAAAUAGUCAAAGUAAAAUGAAGCAUGACUGGAGUUUUGAAGAAUAUGAAGAACACAAAAAUACUCGAAGAUGUAAAGAGGAAAACAUCCUGGAACUAAAGACUAUAAUCCACACACUGCAAGACCAUACCGGGUCUUAAAAAAUUUAUUCCAACACUUUUGAAUGUAGUAGAAGUGGAACAAAAGCUAAGUGAACUAAUUUCUUCAUCUUUAAUGCUAGAAGUACAAGUACAUUGUCUGAAGUAGUUUAAAUUAUUUAGUCUAAGGAUGAUGUGAAACUCUUACUAUUUAUCAAAAUUUUAUCUGAACUUUACAGAGAUUGUUUAUAAAAUAUUUUAUCUGUGAAAGAAAAAUUUACUUGUAUCUUACCAAUAUUUUCAGGGUCUCCAAGUUUAUAUUGCUUUGGUUAAAAAUAAAUUAAUUUUAUUAAAAUAACUUUUAAAUAUAGCAUAAUGCAAAAUUUAAAGGUCAUUUACUUAUCUAUCAGCCUGUCCACUAACAUUUAUUUAAUAUACCUACUUAGCUGUAUGUCUUUACAUCUUUAUAUAUGUGAUUUGAGAAAUGCCUAGAAUCGGGUUCAUUCCAUGUUUGUCGUGGUGAUUUCUUAUGAGAGAAUUUAGAGUCCACUGGGGAAAUGUUUUUGAUUGCUUCUUUGUCUUUUUUGCAUUUGUUAAUAUUAACAUUUAUUAUUUCUAAAAGCAUUUUAAGAAGUAUAGGGUAUAUACUUUUAUUGGGAUAUUUAAAAAACUAGAUUGUGGCUAAUUUUGGCCUCACUCUAACAUGUUUUUUUAAACGUUCUUUAUUAUAGUAUUUCCUAGAGUAUGUAACACACACAAAUAAGUGAUAUGAAAAAGCUCUUGUCAUAAAAAUAAUUUGAGAAAAUGAGAAGAAAACCAGCUAGUUUUCUUUAAAGCAUGAUUAUUGACAUAUCAAUGCUAUUGUUUUUUAAGAUACUACAACAGGGAACAAAUUGUAUGCAGUAUUUCACAAACAUAUUUGUGAAACACAUUUCUUAUUUUACUCUUUCAAAGUUUUUCCUGGAACUAAUGUGAAGUCUCUAUUAAUGUUUAUUUUGGUUUGAAAUCCUAUGUCCAAGAUACUUAUUAGUCCUUAAAGUACUUUUUUUAUUGAGUGAAAGAUUCUUUAAAUUUUACAGUGCUUUGUAACUUUCAAAAUUUUCACACACAUGAUUUCAUAUAAUCCUAUAAUAAUCCCCUUGUCUUCCCUCUACCCCUAUAUUGCCUCUUCUCCCUCUCCUUACUCCACUGAUAACCACUAGCUUAUUCUUUGUAUCUAAGAGUCCACUUCUUUUUUGUUUUAUUCACUAGUGUGUUGUGUUUUUUUGAUGCACAUAUAAGUGAUGAGAACCCCAUGAACAGUAUAAGUGAUAUCAUACAGUAUUUGUCUUUCUCUGACAUAUUUCACUUAGCAUAAUGCCCUCCAAGUCCAUCCAUGUUUCUGCACAUAGCAACACUUCAUUCGUUUUUUAUAGCUGAGUAAUAUUUCUUUCUAUAUGUGUGUGUGUGUGUAUGUGUGUGUGUGUGUGUGUAUAUAUAUAUAUGCAUACAUACAUACUGCUUUUUCUUUAUCCAUUCAUCUGUUCAUGCACACUUAGGUUGCUUCCUUGUCUUGACAGUUGUAAAUAAUGAUGAUACAAACAUUGGGUUGUGUGCAUCUUUUUGAAUUAGUGUUUUUCUUUUUUUAGAAUAUACACCCAGUGGUGGAAUUCUGGGGUUCAGGUUUUCGUUGUUUGAGAAACCUCCAUAUUGUGUUUCGCAGUGUCUGUACUAAUGUGUAUUUCCACCAACAGUGUGGCACUGUCCCCUUUUCUCCACAUCCUCUUCAACAAUUGCUUUCGUGUUCUUUUUGAUGAUAGCCACUCUGACAGGUGUGAGGUGAUAGCUCAUUGUUGUCUUGCUUUGCAUUUUCCUGAUGAGUAAUGAUGUCAAGCAGCUUUUCAUGCACCUGAUGGCCAUCAGCAUGUCUUCUUUGGAAAAAUGUGCAUUCAGUUCUUCUGCCAUUUUUUUUAAAGGCUCCUUCAGGUUGGAAGGAACACCUUUAUUUGGAGGCAUGUCAGUUCAUUUUUCUCACUUCAGAUUCAUCACUAUGACUUCUUGAGGCCAGAUCUAAUUUUGAAAUAACCAGAAAACUGUCCAUCUUGGAGCAGCAAACCCCUCAACUUGGAGCACAAAUGAUCACUGAUAUGGUCUGCUUAAAACUAUCUGCCUCUAGUCUGACAGCCAUGAGCAGAGCCCUGGGGGCAAAAAAAAAAAAAAAAAAAGCCACAGCCUUAAAUGUCUUCACUCAGAAAUUACCAAGAAGAUUAAAAAAAAAAAGAAAUGAAAAAGACUAAAUAAGCAAGCCUACAAAAAACCAAAAAGCAAACAAACAAAAUUCAUCUCACUUUAUCAUUGAAAUUAUCCCCAGAUGUGAACCUCCCAAAGUUUAUAUUUAGUAAUUAAGCCAGUAAAUUAUAAAUUGAUGUAACAUUUGGGAAGGUGAAAGUAUAGAAAUAGGUGUCUAUAGCUAGAAUUACUCAGCAUUUCAAAAUAUGUAAACAAAACAAAAACAUACACAACAAAAACUGAACAGAGGAAUAUUGCCGCAAUGAACAGUAUAAGGACAGAAUGUUGUUGUUUGCAAAGAGAGAGGACAUUUGUCAUCUUGUGUACACCUUCAAAGCCAUAAUGGUGUAAGAGUAUUGCUGUCAAUUGCUUGAAAAGUUUCUGCAUUCGAUCCUUCACUCCAUACUGGUUGAGAGAGGGGAGGUCAGUUCUUACUGAUUACUUCCCAAUGCACUUCUACUAUUUGCACUGUCACUUCCAUUCAGGGUAAUGAUGUGUGCUGUUAUUUGCACAGAUGGUCCCAUGAGUUUUGAGACCACAACAAACAGUUUCUUGCAGGAGUCCAAAAAGGAAACACGUAAGAAUUCUCCAGGCAUUGAUUUCUCUUUCUUCUAUAAAAAAAAAUCAGUUAUAAAAAAAUGGACUUGUCUCAGAUUAAAGAACUACAGAAUAAUAAUGAAAAAGCAUCAGGGUGGUCGAAUGAAUGAAAAAGGGAUCAAAAAUUGUUUUUUGUUUUUUUUUUUUAGUGAGGAUCAUUUUAUAUCAUUAACAGUGAAGAAGUCAAAUACAGUGAACUGUACACUAAACAUCUGUGUUGAACAUCUAUUUGUUCUCUUACUUAACAAAAUCAUUUGUAAUUUGUAUUUGACAUAUAAGAGAUUUUUAUAGCCAUUUAUCUAUGCCUCAUGGGGAAAUGUACUACACAAACAGCAUUUUCAGUUUAUUUUUCUAAAUAAAUGUGUUGUUUGUAUUAUUUGUAGUUGCUCAUUUGAUUUGCUUUUCAUUACCUGGAAGAUAAGUUUUCUUUGGUCAUAGGUAAGCUUUUGUCAUACAAAUUCAGAACUUCUGGAAUACUAAAAUUUCAAAUAUUUUGUGGUAUAAAUUGUGUUUUCUAUUCCCUAAACUCUGAAGAAGAAUUGAUAUAUUUUUCAUCAGAACUUUCUUGUCAAGGGUUAUUUUUUAAUAUUCUAGUUAUGCUAUCUGAAGUUAGUUUUAAAAUACUGAGGACAUUGCUGGAAAAGAAAAAAAAUUAAUUAUUUUAUCAAUAAGGAUGUCCUAUAAAUUGUCUUCUUGAAAUUCUGCUCUAAAAGAAGAUAAUUUAUGUAUAUGUGUGUAUAUAUAUUUAUAUAGGCCAUUAAUCAUAUCUAAUGAGUCCUCAGUCAGAGAUCUGCUGAGAACUUCCAUCAUUGUAUGUAAAAAUGACUAGGCAAUUAUACUGGAGCAAAAACAGUGUUCUUAUCAACAAGGGCUCAUUGAGUGCCCACAAAGUUCUCAUCCUUACUUGCAACUCAUCAGCUGGAGCCUGUAUUUAUGAUCAUUGCUAUCACCAGUAAGUAGUGUGCAGCUUCCACAAAUUAUUCUUUUUUUUAAUUGGAAUAUAAUUGAUAAAAUUAUGUGAAUUUCAGGUAUACAUUAUAAUGAUUUGAUAUCUGUGUAUACUGCAAAAUAAUUACUGCAAUAAGUCUAGGUAACAUCUGUCAGCACACAUAGUUAUUUCUUGUGAUGGGAACUUGCAAGACCCCUUCUCCUAGCUACUUUUAAAUAUGCAAUAGAGUAUUAUUAACUAUGGAUAUGUCUGGGAUGCUCUGGAGAGUGGAAGACAUAGCACCGGUCCUCUGAGGUCUUUGGAAAGGAUUACACUCAAACCUUAGAUGAGUCUUUUGUGAGAGACUCUCAGAAAACCUGCUAGUAAAGGAACAGGGUCGUUUCAUAGAAAGACUGAUCUCCUGUUUCUGUUGCCUUUUGCUGUGCCCUGUGGGCGGUAGCCCUUUAAGAACUCCUUUUCCCUUGAUUGAAAUCCUGUGGGACCCACAAGCAUAAGCCCCAUUGGCCACCAGAGCCAAGGCAAUGUAGAAGUGUUCUCUGGUACCAGGCAGAAAACUUGGGUUGUUUGGCAAGGAGAUAAGUUCUUUUAGGGGACACACCAUGGGAGCUGGAGCAAGGCAGAGGGAGAGCACAAAGACUGCCUGUAUAACUGUCUUCGUACAGACCUCCCCCACCCAGGCCCUUCCUAGGUGGUAAGCUGUGCUUUGGACCAGAAGUCUGCCCCUCAAGCCAAAGCUCCAGGAGAGUUCUUCAUGUUGGAACCAAAGUCACUUGUAGCACCAGACUUGAGGUGAAGAGCAUAAGAAGGAGAAUGGAAAACACCUUACUUCAUAUGACUUAGCUACACCCCUUGCGAUGAUCCCUUUGAUUACCACGAGAAUGCCAGAGAUGGAUGCUCUAAAUCAGGGAUCCACAAUCCCCGGACCAUGGACACUACCCAUCCAUGGCCUGUUAGGAACCAGGCCACACAGCAGGAGAUGAGCGGCGGGAAGUGAGCCAGGUUUUAUCUGUAUUUAUAGCCUCUCCACUGAUUCUGCAUUAUGUUAACAAGACUAGGAAUUUCUUGGUAAAUGUGCCUAACAUUCAGUGGUAAUGAGAAGGCUGAGCCCAUGCUGACUCUCUGGCUACAGAAUUUCAGGAAGAAAGUUACCUGAUUUGAAUCACUCUCCAAAGAGUUGAACCAUGAAAGAGAAACAAAAAAGGAAACGUGGAAAGAACAUACUCCUCUAGGCUUGCAAAGAUGUCAAGAGAAAUCUCAAAAUUACAUGAAUAUGAUCUACCAUCAGUGUACUCUUUGGAGUCCAGUGCCCUGAACCAUGAAGGAAGAGACAUGUCCUCUGAAUCAGAAUACUUGUCCUGUGACUCCUCUUUUUAUACUCCCUUCUUUGCUGAAUCCUGGAAGACUCAGGAGGAUCCUCCUCAGCCGGAAUCAUUUGUGAUGGUCCCAGCCUGUAGUCAGAUAAUAGGAGAAACUUCCUCUGCCUCCACAGGAUAUUUCUCUUGCGUCUCCUCUGAAUGCGAGCUUGUCUUUUCUGAUGAGGAUGGAGUCCAACAAUCAUGUCAAGAUGUUACUUGUCUUGGAUCCACUGAGAUGCCUCCAGUCCUGGAUUUGGAGCAAGGAGAGACUUCUUCCCCUUGCCCACAAGUGUCUUCUCCAUUUAAUUUGGUUAAUAAUAAUAAGUUGUUGUCAUCAGUACAUACGAAAAAGAAAAGAGUCAUGAAAAUUUACUACAUGCACGUUCAAACGAAAAAGGGUGUGGCUUCCUUACAGGAUACAGAGGAAGGACUGGAGUCCCCCACAAAGAAGAUACAGAUGGAAGAAAUGACCUCUCCUGAAAAAAUCCAUACAACAUUCACCCCCUCUCAAGUGACUACAAUGGAGCUCCUGGCUGACAGUGAAUCCAGUUUGGAUACCCAAGCCAAAGAUGAAAGGGAGAGGGCUGAAAGUCCACCAGAGCCUCGAGCUUUGGAGGAAUGUUCCAGGGCCAAGACACCUGAAUGGCUGGCAGCCCUGGACAGUGGCUUCCAGUGCAUGAGCUGCUACCGGAUCUUCCCCAGCUUAGAGCACCUUCAGAAGCAUGUGGAACAUGGGAUCAAUGAGGGCUUUAGCUGCUAUGCUUUCCAUCUUGCCUUGGCUUGGCUAAAGUGAAAGCGGGACAGAAAAGGGAAAAACAGGAGAAGGAAGAAGAUGAUCAAGACGGCCACAUCUGGUUGCCACAAAGAAAAACAUUUUGGCAUGAAGACAUACUCAUGCAAAGACACUGAUUCUCACCCCUAAAAAGAGAGGAAAUGAAAGAGGCCAGCCUCUAUUGAGGGGGCUUCAUCUCUAAGCAGCCAUCGUACCUACCUUUGUUUAUAUAUCUUUGUCAGCACACCACCCAAAGAGCAGAGAACCCAUUCUAAUAUUAUCCACUGCUCUCCUGAAGAGAGUGGAGAGGAAGGCAGAUCUCACCAUAUAGAAGAGCAAGAUGUCCUUAAGCAAACUAAAGAAAAAUGAACAACAGUAUAUCAUCUCCACCACUACAAGUGAGAAAAGGACGAAACUGAAACUGCUAUGGACUAGAUCACAGAAGGGUGACACAGACCCAGUGGCCUGAAGAUUUCAAACGAUGAUGUCCAGCACAUUCCUAUGAUCUCAUGAGAGCCCAGCAGUCCCUGUGAACACCACAGAAUCAAGAAAGCAACAUCCUGAGUUUUGGAACAAGGUAAAGAAGACUGGAAGAAGGACAUAAAGAGACAAAUGGGGAAUGACCAAUACAUCUGUAACUUGAAGCUUUUUAACCUGAAGAUCUCAAAGUUCCUUUCUGCUUAGCAGUUCUGCCUGACUCUUACCUGUAGCUCUUUGCCACACCUCAAAUAUAUUUAUGCAAUU